UGUAAAGAGGAAUUUUCUCUCUCUUUUUUUUCACUUUCUUUAUCAUGGAACACACUGAUCCUCUUGUGGAUGAGAAUGCAGUGUUUAUAAACUCGACAGUGAAUUCUGUCUACGAGCUUAUUACUGCUAUUCCUGGUUCUCACUUGGCUAUCUCUUAUAUCAAAAAUGCUUAUCAAAAUGAUCCCUUCCGUAUUGCUCUUGAAUUAUUCCUUGUCUUUUUUGCUAUUAAAUAUAUGCUUUCUAAAAAAUACAAGCCCAAUGAUAACAAUGUUGUUUUGACAGAAAAGGAAGUGGAUGAUCUUGUAGAAGAAUGGCAACCUGAACCUUUAGCACCCAAACUCUCUUCUUAUGACCGUUUUAAUCUUGAGAAAGUGCCCACUAUUGUAGGCCCCCAAUCCGCCAAGGCUAAAGUAGCUGGUCACACAAAGCCCUUAAUGAACUUGGCUACAUCCAACUAUUUAAACUUAGUUGCUUCUGAACAAAUUCGUCAAAAGGCUGUAGAGACAUUAAGAAAUUACGGUGUGGGUUCUUGUGGUCCUCCUGGUUUCUAUGGUACCAUUGAUGUUCAUAUGGAUUUAGAACGUGAUAUUGCUCGCUUCCUUGGUACAGAUGAUGCUAUUAUCUAUGCUCAAGGCUUCUCUACUAUUUCUUCUGUGAUUCCUGCUUUCUCUAAGCGUGGUGAUUAUAUUGUUGUUGAUGAUGGUGUUAAUUUUGCAGUUCAAAAAGGUGUUCAAAUCUCCCGUUCGAUUAUUAGAACUUUCAAGCAUAAUGAUAUGGAUGAUUUAGAACGUGUAUUGAAGGAAAUCGAGAGAGAACACACAGUUUAUAGAAAACGUUUGACUCGUCGCUUUAUUGUGACAGAAGGCCUUUUUGCUAAUUUUGGUGACAUUGCACCUUUAGAUAGAUUGGUUGAACUGAAAAAGAAGUUUAAAUACCGUCUCAUUUUAGAUGAGUCUCAAUCUAUCGGUGUUCUGGGCCGUAAAGGUGCAGGCUUGACAGACUUGUACAACAUUGAUGCCAAGGAAAUUGAUAUGAUUGUGGGUUCUUUGGCCAAUGCUCUCUGCGGUUCUGGUGGUUUCUGUGCUGGUAGUAUUGAAGUGAUUGAUCAUCAACGUCUUUCUGGUAGUGCUUAUUGUUUCUCUGCUUCCAUGCCUGCCAUGCUUGCUGUGUCUGCAUCCGAAGCCUUCCGUAUCAUUGAACAACAGCCUGGCUUACUAAAAGAAUUGGCUGAACGUAUUUCCUCUUUCCGCCAAAUCUUGACACAUAAAUCAUUGGAUCCUUAUAUCACUAUUGAUCCUUCUGAUGCGAACUCCCUCUCUCCCUUCUUCCAUAUUCGUAUCAAGGAUAGCUAUCUUCAGACACACACUCAAGAUAAUGAAGAUCAAGUCUCUCGUGAAGCAGAAGAACGUUUACUACAAGAAGUUGUGGAUGAAUGUGCUUAUCAAGGUGUGUUGAUUACCCGUGCUAAAUAUGUAUAUGAGCAAGAAUUGCAAUGCCCUCGUCCUAGUAUCAAGGUCUCUAUCACUACAGGACUCAACAAAAAGGAGAAUGACAAGGCAGCUAGUGUUCUCAAGACAGCUAUUGUCAAGGUGUUUUCCAAGUGGAGAAAGUAAAAAAAAAAGAAAAAAAAACAAUUACUAGUACAAUAAUAAUUUAAUUCUGAGGCUAAAAUGCAUUGACC